AUGCUCGUCGCCAAUUAUGGGAAGGAAAAGAAGAAUCGUGAUGUAUGGAAGACUCUGGAGGAACAGCUCGAAAAGAUAGAAAAGAUGGCCGCGGAGCUUAAGACAGCGUGUAGAGUGAUGUUGGAUGAGGAGAUUGACUGA